AUGGAGUAUGGCUGUAUCGUGGAUAUUGACUUGAAAGUUCUUACAAGGCCUCCUGGUUAUGCUUUUGUUGAGUUUGAAGACCCACGUGAUGCUGAAGAUGCAAUUUAUGGUCGUGAUGGAUAUAACUUUGAUGGCCAUAGGUUGCGGGUGGAAUUAGCUCAUGGUGGAAGAGGCUCUUCUUCUUUUGAUCGAUCAAGCAGUUAUAGCAGUGCUGGACGCCGUGGUGCAUCUAGACGUUCUGAUUACCGUGUUAUGGUUACUGGAUUACCUUCUUCAGCAUCAUGGCAAGAUCUCAAGGAUCAUAUGCGGCGAGGUGGUGAUGUCUGUUUCGCUGAUGUUUAUCAUGAGGCUGGAGCCACUAUUGGAAUAGUUGAUUAUACCAACUAUGAAGAUAUGAAAUAUGCGAUAAGGAAGCUUGAUGAUUCGGAGUUCCGUAAUGCAAUUUCAAAGACUUAUGUCAGGGUGAGGGAGUACGAUGCUAGGCGCAGCCGCUCUCGCUCCAGAGGCAAAAGUCAUAGCCACUGUAACUCGAGAAGCAGAAGCCGUAGCCACUCUUACUUGAGAAGCAGAAGUCACAGUUAUAGCAGGAGCAGGAAUUCAAGAUCCAGAUCUGCUUCUCGGUCACGAUCACCUGUUAAAGCAAGGUAUGAACAGUUUCAUUUUGGUAGGGAAUGAUUUGAAAUUGAGAGAGAACUUCUGUAUUCAGUAACUACAUGUGGUCCAAAAUAUUGUUUUCUAACUCUUGUUUGAAAAAAAAAUGUCCUAGGUUCUCUCCUUUUGAUUUAUUUUGAAAUUUGCCUUCUAGUUUGUACUUUAUGGCUUAUGCUCUCUGAUGCUCUAUUUUUCUUUGCGUGUAUUUUGAGUUUCCACUGGGUCAGGUUAUUAAGCAUGUGUGGUGGAUAGCUGUUCUUCAUUGUUGAAGAUUUGCUCUCGUCUUAACUUGAUGGGCUGAUGCGACGAUCUGGGGAUUGUGUUGGUAAAAUAUUGGAAUGUUGAGAACCUGAGGAUGGUUUGGAACGUUGGAUAGUUCAGCUGGAUUGUGAUGCACUCUAUGACAAGUGGACUACAACCAGUGAUAGGAGCAAGAUAGGGCUGGCACUAAACAUAUCUGGACUGGAAUUUGUGUUAUAAUCAAAUACUGUUGACUUUAGCAAUUCUGUUCUAAAAUAUAAACCUCAGCCUUAAUGUUGGGGUUGUACCCUUAUCCUCAAACAACAGCCUAAACGUUGAGUUUUUUUUUUUUUUAAGUUACAUAUUAGCGAAAGAAGAAGGUUUGGCCCUGUUGGAUCAUAGCAAUGGUGGCUGCAUCUUUGUAUUCUUGCGUACGCACAUGGAAAUAACAAUAUAUGUGAACAUUGAAGUGGUAAAUGGUUAAAAAAAACUAAUUAACUUAAACAGGGAAUGAU